GCUUCCGUACUGGAUGACAGUCACAUGCUCCAGGACAACAACAACAACAAGGCAGUCUGGGGGAAAUGUUUGAAAGUUGUUUCCUUCUUUGUGAGUUAAAAAGAUGAGAUUUGUCGCGGUUAUCGUGUUUGUUUUUUAUUGCCUCCACUUGUAUGGAGUGAGAGGGGAAGACAAGCCAAUUGAAACAUUUGUAAUCCCCCACAGUCACAUGGAUGUAGGCUGGGUGUACACCAUUCGGGAGAGUAUGCAUGCCUAUGCAUCCAAUGUGUACACCAGUGUGACUGAGGAGCUGUCAAAGGCUAAAGACCGCAGGUUCAUUGCUGUGGAGCAGGAGUUCUUUCGACUGUGGUGGGAUACUGUAGCCUCAGAUUCCCAUAAGAAGCAAGUACGACAGCUGGUGAAAGAAGGUCGACUUGAGUUCAUCAUUGGAGGCCAAGUGAUGCAUGAUGAGGCUGUGACUGACCUUAAUGAUGAGAUCUUACAGAUGACUGAGGGCCAUGGUUUCUUAUACGAGACAUUUGGGGUGCGUCCUCAGUUCUCCUGGCAUGUAGAUCCAUUUGGAGCUUCUGCCACCACACCGGUCCUGUUUGCCCUCUCUGGGUUCAAUGCACACCUCAUCUCGCGCAUCGAUUACGACCUUAAAGACAGCAUGCAGAAAAACAAGAAACUACAGUUUGUAUGGCGAGGCUCUCCUUCUUUGAAAGUGCAGCAAGAAAUCUUCACUCACACUAUGGACCAGUUUAGCUACUGCACUCCAUCCCACCUGCCUUUCUCCAACAGGUCUGGUUUCUAUUGGAAUGGAGUUGCCUUGUUCCCGGACCCACCAAAAGAUGGAGUCUAUCCUAACAUGAGCCUGCCUGUCACCAAGGAGACAGUACAAGCCUACGCUAGAACCAUGGUGGAGAACAUCAAGCAGAGGGCUGCAUGGUUUAGGACUAAUCAUGUGCUCUGGCCAUGGGGCUGCGACAAACAGUUCUACAACUCAUCAGUGCAAUUUAACAACAUGGAUCCUCUAAUGAAGUACAUCAACCAGAACAGCAAAGAGUUUGGGGUGACAGUUCAGUAUGCCACUCUAAGUGAAUAUUUUCAAGCCAUCCACAAAUCAAAUCUUGCCUGGGAGGUUCGUGGGAGUGAAGAUUUCCUGCCAUAUUCAGUUGACACCAACCAGGCAAUGACGGGGUUUUAUGCCUCCAGAAAUGUCCUGAAAGGAGUGGCUCGACAGGCCAGUUCCAAGCUGCAUGCAGCGGAGACUCUGUUCACUCGGUACCGAAUCAGCUUCCCGGAUGGACCUGUGGCUAAAGACUGGGCCCUGGGCAAACUCCGAUCUCUACGCUGGGCUGUCUCUGAGGUCCAGCACCAUGAUGGCAUCACUGGCACAGAGUCUCCCAAGGUGGCAGACAUGUAUUUACAGCAUCUCAUGCAGGCCAUGAUGGGAGUGGAGGAGCUUCUAGCUGCACUCUUUCUGCUUCCUCAUAACCUUCCCCAUAACCUUCCCAGCAUCCUUGACAUGCGCUACCACAUAAAAGGUGAUGAUCAUCAGGCUCUGGAGCAACAUGUCAUCAUCUACAACCCUUUAGCAUGGAACAUUACCACUAUCGUCAACAUAACCGUAGCAUUCCCAAACACAGCCAUUUUUGAUGAUAAUGGACAGCCUGUCCCUGCACAGAUCCAAAAGUCAGCCCAAUCCAACACGACCUAUGACCUUUUCAUCAUGGUGGAACUUGGAGGCCUUCAGUACAGAGAAUACCUGAUUAAGUUCUCCAAGGAGCCAUGUUUCAAAAAUUUUAAGUGUACCCACACUUAUGAAGCUGAAGGGGUUUUGUUUGAGAGACGCAGUGUGAAGGACUGGGUGAAAACAGGGAGGCGGCUUCUGCCUCUUCUGAAUGAAUGUUACAAGCUCAUGUUUGACGAGGACACCAAUCUACUGCACAGCAUCACGUAUCUUGAAGAUAAAAGGGAAGUAAAGCUAAGUCAGGAUUUUUGGGAAUACGACGCCAAUGGAGAUGUAAAAGCAGGGCCCAUCUCUGAUAACUACUUCUUCAGUGCUAAUGGUUCAGCCGUGCGGGCCUACAAGGCAGUGGAAAUGGAAAUUAUCCCUGGAAAGAUUGUUACUGAUAUCAGGCAAUACUUUUACAGAGAGGAAAGUGAUAAAGACUACGCCUACUCAAUCACCACCCGUGUCCCAGAAUGCUUCGGGGCCAGAAUGCUAUGUCAUCGGCUGGAGCAGACCUACUCGCUGGGCCCACUACUUCUCAACACAGAGGUUGUCCUGAGAACCAGCUCCUCUUUGAACAACAACAAGACCCUGUACACAGACGACAAUGGCUACCAGAUGAUGAAGAGGACUUUCAGGAAAUUUGCUAAUAACACUUUAGCAAGAAACUACUUCCCCAUGGUUCGGACAGCCUACCUUGAGGAUGACCUCAGCAGACUGGUCCUCCACAGCGACAGAGCUCACGGUGUGUCCAGCCAAGCCAACGGACAACUAGAGGUCAUGCUUCAUCGGCGUCUUUGGAAUAACUUGCCCUGGAACCUCGGCUACAAUCUGACUCUAAAUGAUAGCUCGGUUGUGAGUCCCACCCUGUGGAUGAUGCUGGGCUCCAUAAGGGCCACCUCCAAGCUAUACCAAAGGGAGGCAAUAGAGCUGCAGCACAGACCUGUCAUCAUGCCUAUAGACCAGCCACAGAGGCCCUGGCAGGAGAUGGAGCCCCAAAGUAAUUCUCCAGUGCGCUCAGUCGUUCUGCCGCCCAACCUCCACCUGCUCAGCCUGAGUAUCCCGGGAUGGAACUACAGCUCUAAUCACGAUGUUCACCUCAGCCACAUACAUUCAGGUAAGGAUUUGCACUCAGAGCCAGACUAUGAUCGGGUCCUGUUAAGAAUCAUGCAUCUCUUUGAGGAGGGAGAAGACCCUGAGCUUUCAAAGCCAGUCACUAUAAACUUAAAGGAUGCUCUGCGGGGCAUAGGGGAAGUGAGAGUGCUGGAGGAGCGUUCACUCACAGGAACCUGGAAUAUCACCAGUCUGCAGAGGUGGAAGUGGAAAACUGCAGAUAACUUACAAACAGAGAAUGAACGGUGUCAGAGGUGUCAUGAUGAAGAGUCCAAUGUGACCAUCUAUCCCAAAGAGAUCAGGACUUUCUUUGUUCACUUCAGCUCCACAAACUCUUAGACUCAACUGUCUUUUCUCUUCUGUGAGGACUGCCGAUCUUUAGACAAAAUAUGACCAUGCUUUUAAAGAUUUGAUCCUUUGCUAUACUGCUAAUUGAUGCUGAUUUUGCACAUUUUGUUGAUUUGUGAGGAAGCGCUAUUGUGUUGAUUGAAAUGUAAACUUCACAAGUCUCCGUUGACUCUAACAGAAUAAAGUGAUUACAUUUGUUAAAA